GUGAAGUGCAACCGCUGACCUUAGCGAGCGUGUUGUUUCCCAACUCGGGCAUAAUGGGCUGGAGCAUGGCGGGUCGGUAUGUCAGUGCAUUACGAACUAUCAGAAAUGGCGUGGCACCGCAUUUCGCCUAACCAUAUCCACGGGUGACAAUCGGAGCGACUCGGGAGGUAUUGUGGAAGAUGGCCGAGAGCUACUUCGAGUAGGUAUAUAACAACUGUGAGCUGUCAAGGAACAACUGUCCACAUUUGCACCUUUGCCUCGCAACCAAGCCUGCUGAGAACAUCCCGUCCGCCAUUCAACAAAGCGUCACAAUGAAGCCGUUUGCCGCUCUCACCUUCCUGGUGGCUCUCGCCACCGCCUCGCCUCUGGCUGUCUCCCCCAGGGAGUCGGGCUCGCUCGAGAAGCGUGACACCGAGAUCAUCUACCUCACCAACUGCAGGUACCUGACCUCUUGCUGCCAGCCGGAGGCACACUCCUCUCGCAUUGCCUACUACCCCGUCAGCGGACAGUCCCAGAACGGCGAGCAGCCCGCGGCCAACGACGUGUGCACCGUCGACAGCAGCAACUACGCUUGGUGGGAGCAGGACGGAAAGCAGUGCAGCUUCCCGACCGGCGUGACCUUCACCACGCACAUCGACUCGGACGCCCAGACACGCCCGCUCUACUCGUGGUCCGGGUGCGUUAUCCUUUUAUUGCUCUCUUCAUCUCCUACGAUCGGGACUGACAUCUUUCGCGCAGCUGGGGUACCAACGGCUUCAAGAACUUCGACUGCUAUCGUGACAACGGCCGCAAGCUGUACGAGACCAGCGGGCCCGAGUGGGCCAACAUCUGCAGCGUCGUUUACUACUGCAUUCCCCAGUAAGCAUGUUGUGCGUGGCCGGGCCCGGUGUGUUGUGGGGAAUUUGGGACUCGGAGUCAUGGCCAUCGAGAUGGGCCGGGAUAAAAAUAGCCAGCUGAACGUAUCAAAUAUGCAUAGCCCUGGCCAUAAGUUAAAACAUAUAUCUGCUGGAAGUCGUGCAUUGUUGAAUGUUUCCUGUUCUAGACCCUGGAGGCCGGGGGCCCGGUUGACCAAAAAGAACAAGCAGCCCCUGAUGAGUCUUGCCCCUGGGAGAAACGUCUCUCUUGGUGGUGCAACAUCACGCCAGGCUAGGCCAAGAACCUUGCCAAACGUCCUCAGCCGGUGUUUGCCCUGAAGGAUGCCGAGCAGUAUGUCUGGGGGCCCGCUUGUGUGCAUGAUUCUUGUCGCCUGAGUGGCGUGGAGGGGCACCGGGGACACGAAGUCCAAAGUACACCUCGUGUAUGAGGUGGAUGACACGAUGACCAGGGCAUGUGUCUUUGUACAGGACAGACCCAGCUUCAUCGUCAUCGAUACGUAUCAGAUCUGCCACACUUUCUACUACGUAGGUACUCAACAAACACACAGUCAAAUGUAGUUCACCCGCCACCGAAUGGCAGGGUACAAAGGAGAAGUUUCUACGUGAAUUUGGAUGUUGCUAGGGGUCAUGAUGGCAUCCGGACAUGAUGCUCCGGUGUAGAUCGACGGCAAAAGAGCAGCCAGAAAUGACGGCAACUAUCAUAAAUGCACUGCUGCGGCUUACCCC